AUGGAGUCAAAGCCUAUGGAUCCCUUCUGGGGUCCUGCAACAUCGUAUCUCAAUUUCUGUGAAGAGGACUAUGUCAUCACUCGCUAUGUCGCAGAGUUCAUCAACACGUUCAGCAGCUUUGUGUUCAUUCUGUUUGGAAUCUACGGACUUCGACAGCUGCGGCAGAAACGAGCCGCUGGACACCGUUCGCUCUCGUACUUUGGUCUGAUCGGCGUCGGCAUCUGCUCCGCUGGAUACCAUAUGACUCUGAAAUAUCACACCCAGAUGUCGGAUGAGCUGUCCAUGCACCUCCUGACUACGCCGCUGCUCUACAGAAUUCUAACCUUCAAAGCCAGCCCAGAGAAAACCCGGCUCGUCGGCAUUGUCUUGUCAGUGCUGUUUGUCACUGUGAUGUUCUUCCAUAUGGUUUUGAAUGAGUUUCUUCUCCAUGCUAUCACUUUCGGCAUCGCGGUACUUACGAUUGCGGUGCGCACAUCGAAACUUCUCGGACAGCAAGUUCCUGAUCCCUACAUGAGGAAGAAGCUUAGAAACGUUUCAAUUUUUGGAAUCUUCUGCUUUGCUUUUGGUUUCUUCGUGUGGCUCAUUGAUGGCUUGGCUUGUGAUAUUUUGAACAGCACUCGACAUGCCAUUGGCCUGCCUCUGGCCUUUCUGACCGAGCUGCAUGGCUGGUGGCACAUUCUCACCGCCAUCGGUGGCUAUGUCGCUGUUGCGCUCGUGGAUCUUGUCACCGCCCAUGAGCUCAAUGAAGGAGACCCCAUCAAGGACCUCGCAUGGCCCAUUCCUAUCGCAGCCAGACUGAUUCAACAGAGGGUAGGACCUGCGAAGGAAAAUUAG